CGGGGAAGGUGGGGGCAAUCAUGGUGCCGCUGGGGAGGGGAGAAGCUGCCGCUGCCGCUGUAGCCGGGAGCCGCGGAGACAGGUCAUUACCUUUCCAUUUCUCACAAUUGAGCUGAGCACAAUUGAACCAUGGGGGAACACAGUCCAGACAACAACAUCAUCUACUUUGAGGCAGAGGAAGAUGAGCUGACCCCCGAUGACAAGAUGCUCAGGUUUGUGGAUAAAAACGGACUGGUGCCUUCCUCAUCUGGAACUGUUUAUGAUAGGACAACUGUUCUUAUUGAGCAGGACCCUGGCACUUUGGAUGAUGAAGAUGACGAUGGACAGUGCGGAGAGCACUUGCCUUUUCUAGUAGGGGGUGAAGAGGGCUUUCAUCUAAUAGAUCAUGAAGCAAUGUCCCAGGGUUAUGUGCAACACAUUAUUUCACCAGAUCAGAUUCAUUUAACAAUAAACCCUGGUUCCACGCCCAUGCCAAGAAAUAUCGAAGGUGCAACCCUCACUCUGCAGUCGGAAUGUCCAGAAACAAAACGUAAAGAAGUAAAGCGGUACCAGUGCACCUUUGAGGGCUGUCCCCGCACCUACAGCACAGCAGGCAACCUGCGCACCCACCAGAAGACUCACCGAGGAGAGUACACCUUUGUCUGUAAUCAGGAGGGCUGUGGCAAGGCCUUCCUCACCUCCUACAGCCUCAGGAUCCAUGUGCGAGUGCACACGAAGGAGAAGCCAUUUGAGUGUGACGUGCAGGGCUGUGAGAAGGCGUUCAACACGCUGUACAGGCUGAAGGCACAUCAGAGGCUUCACACAGGGAAGACGUUUAACUGUGAAUCUGAAGGCUGCAGCAAGUACUUCACCACACUCAGCGACCUGAGGAAGCACGUUCGAACCCAUACAGGAGAAAAGCCAUUUCGGUGUGAUCAUGAUGGCUGUGGAAAAGCAUUUGCAGCAAGCCACCACCUUAAAACUCACGUCCGUACACAUACUGGCGAACGACCCUUUUUCUGUCCCAGUAACGGCUGUGAGAAAACAUUCAGCACUCAAUACAGUCUCAAAAGUCACAUGAAAGGUCACGAUAACAAAGGACACUUAUACAAUGCACUUCCACAUCACAAUGGAUCAGAGGAUGCAAAUCACUCACUUUGUCUGAGUAACUUGAGCCUUCUGUCCACAGAUUCUGAAUUGCGAGAAAAUUCCAAUACAGGCCAGGAUCUUAGCACACUGUCACCAGCAAGCAUCUUUAAAUCAAUGUUCCAGAAUUCAGAUGAUACGGCAAUUCCGGAAGAUCCUCAACAGACAGCUGCCUUGAUUGAAAGUUUUAAUGGUGAUGCAGAGUCAGUCAGUGAUGUUCCGCCAUCCACAGGAAAUUCAGCAUCUUUAUCUCUUCCGCUUGUACUGCAGCCCGGCAUCUCCGAGCCACCCCAGCCUCUACUACCAGCCUCAGCACCGUCCGCUCCUCCGCCUGCUCCCUCCCUAGGAACUGGUUCCCAGCAAGCUGCAUUUGGCAACCCCCCCGCUCUCUUACAACCUCCAGAAGUGCCUGUUCCCCACAGCACACAGUUUGCUGCUAAUCAUCAAGAGUUUCUUCCGCACCCCCGGGCACCGCAGCCCAUCGUACCAGGACUUUCUGUUGUUGCUGGGGCUUCUGCGUCAGCAGCGGCGGUGGCAUCAGCCGUGGCAGCACCGCCCCAACCACAAAGUACUACUGAGCCCCUGCCAGCCGUGGUCCAGACUCUGCCCCUGGGUGCCAACUCUGUCCUGACUAAUAAUCCCACUAUAACCAUCACCCCGACCCCCAACACGGCUAUCCUGCAGUCCAGCCUAGUCAUGGGAGAACAGAAUCUACAGUGGAUAUUGAAUGGUGCCACCAGUUCACCGCAAAACCAAGAACAAAUUCAGCAAGCCUCUAAAGUUGAGAAGGUGUUUUUUACCACUGCAGUACCAGUAGCCAGUAGCACAGGGAGCUCUGUCCAGCAGAUUGGCCUCAGUGUUCCUGUGAUCAUCAUCAAGCAAGAGGAGGCAUGUCAGUGUCAGUGUGCGUGCCGGGACUCUGCCAAGGAGCGGGCGGCUGGCAAGAGGAAGGGCUGCUCUUCCCCACCCGCCCCAGAGCCGAGCCCCCAGCCCCCCGAUGGGCCCAGCCUGAAGCUACCACCGCAGACUUUGCCCUCACCCUCUGUGCCCCUGUCAUCAUCCUCCACCAUGCCCUCUUCCUCUGAGCAAAGCAGACAAGCAGAGACUCCUUCAGACCCUCAGACAGAAACGUUAAGUGCCAUGGAUAUGUCCGAGUUUCUUUCCCUCCAUAGCCUGGACACGCCAUCCAAUCUGAUUCCCAUCGAAGCACUACUGCAGGGGGAGGAGGAGCUGGGCCUGACCAGCUGCUUCUCCAAGUGAAAGGACUCCGGGAAGAGAGGCCGAGCAGGAAGCAUAAGGUGUGAUGCCUCCCAUCAUGGGGUCAGCAAUUUGAAGGAUAAAGAAAUCUGUUUGAAAUCUUCACCUUUCAGAUGUAUUUUCUUUAUUCAUAUCCCAGGAGCAUCCAUUUUAAGGAACUGAUCUUUGGGGGAAAAAAAAAAAAACCAACAAAAAAAAAGCUAAGUUAUAAAUGAACUGUUUGGCUGCACUGUAUGUCACUUUUGCUUAUUGUCAUGUGAACUUGGAAAUUAAGGUUACUCGUAUGCAUAAAAUUUCUGAAUGAAAGGGUGUGGUUUCCAUCAAUCUGAUGCUGCCCAUCACUUGCACUGGGGCUGUUGUGGUUUGGACAGUGCAGUUCAGUGGUCGAGUGUCGCUCCUCCCCGUGUGUCUUUUGAGUCUGAGGCUGAAACUUGCUUGGAAGGCCAGACCCUCGCUCCAUCAGAGAGGGAAGUGGCGAAGACAGGUCAAACAGCUGUGAGCUGGACAGGAAUUAGGUGAGAUGGUUUUGUUGUUGGCGCUUGGUGUCGGUGGAGCCAGCAGCAGCACAAAUGGGCAGCUGAAAGCCUGGCUGGAGGCUGUGGGGAUGAUCUGAUACUGCAGGGGCUCUGGGUGAGCUGUUGACAGCUGUCUAUCAAUGACGCAUGUGCAGAGCAGGCUCUAGCAACAUGAUCACAGUCUUUGCUUUCCUGGUUCUUUCUGUCUCUCGGUUGAUUGCCAGAGUUGGCAGAUCACAGUGAAUUUUUCUUGGGGAACAUCCCUGUUUUGUCCGAGAGUGGACAUGUGGCUUAUGGCCAGUUUCUGGUUGGUGCUCUGCCUUCCUUUAGUGGUGCUGUCUUCCUCAGAGCAGAAGAACUGCAUUUUGCUUACAGGAGAUGGUGUGGCUUGAUGGGAGGUUUUUAAAGGUGGUAUGUAAUUGGCAGACCAGGUGUCCAAGUUCCAGGUUCUAGCCGGGUUUUUGGUUGCCCCCUCCCAUUUCUGCCUCUUACCCCUCCAGAUUUUGCAUACAGCCCAGUUCAGUGCAAAGAAGGAUGUGACUUUUUCAGCUUAGUUCUAUGAUGUCUAAACAAAAACAAAAAACACAAAACUAUCUUCUACUCAGGGUAAAACAAAAAAAAUUCCCCUUCCACCAAAAAGCCUGAAAUGUUGCAAUAAAUUAUCUUAUUUGGAAUGUUUCAUUAAGUUGUGUUAUAGGAAAGAAUUCUUUUUUGAUUUGUGUAUAGAAUUAUAUCCAUCUGUCUGCCUUUGGCUCCCAAGUCAUUGCCUCUAAACAUAAAAUAAGUCUGCACUAAAAAGGGAAAGUUUCUGUCAGCUGGCUUUGUUAAUAUGAGAGCUACGUGAGCUCAGAAACUGGGCACAGCCCAGGGUCUAGACUAGGCCUCUGCUCCCCAAGAGCCCUGUCCUUGCCUUGAGCGAGGAGCAGCCUUCCACAAACAGGGCUGCUCAUCUGAGUCGAUGAUGUCAGGCAGAAAGCGGUCAUACUUUUGCCUUUCUCUUCCACUCCCUAAUGUAAAGAGAUCUGUAUUUCUCACUCGCCUGUUCUGAGCCAUUACUCAGAGCCAGCCAAGACAGUAUCCAGAGCAGAUCAUUUUGGGAACCAGAGGCCCUAUGUUUAUACCAGGAUGUUCAGGAACAGACUUGGACAAGAGGGCAGUGGUGGUAAAUGCUGUUACUGCCAUGAGGCGACAUAGGUUUAGCCACAAGCAGCUGGUGAUUUCUCAUUCCAAGAACCUAGGCAGGAGAAUCAGUGUCUUUUUCACCUGCACUCCCCUCCCCAAAAGGCUGGUGGGUCUGUUGACCAUUGACCUCAGCAGAAGUUGAUAAGGCAGGAAGAAUCUUCUAUUAUCACAGGGCGUUAGGGUAGUCUUUCAGGAAAACCGACUGCUCAGCAUGGGUUGUCCUUGGCUAUCUCUGGACCUUGCACCCAUAGGAAGCUUUGAGGUAAGACCCUUGCUGUUUUCUCGACAACUUCUGGGAGAGCAGUACAGUGGGAUCUUAAAGGUAGUUCACAUCAGAGGGCAGGAAUGACCUCCCACAUUCCUAGGCUCACCUAGGAUUCGGUUCCCUGGGUGCUGAGGUGGGAUACAGGAGCCCGGGGGGAGGCCACCGGAAGCAUUCAUGGUUUAAAUAUUGCUUCUUUCUGGUUAGCCAGGGCUGUGCUUGUGUUGGGCCUUCCCAGGUCAGUGGCUUUUCCACUCUCCAAAGACUGGGUGUGAUGAAGAAGCGUCUUAAAAUAGUGUUUAGGCUGACAGAUUUUUCUAGUUGAAGUACCUGCCUUUUGAGGGUGACUUGAGAUUACAAGGGGGACGAUCAGAUCCAAUCAGCUUUUGAAAAACCACGAGUGUGCUUAAAAUGCUAGUGAGUGGUUGUGAAGAGCAGGGUUAUUCCACAGGGUAGGCGUUCUUUCCUUCCUCUUCCAGCACUCUGCCUCCCCACCCCUUCCUAGAAGCCUGGCAUCUAGUGCCAGGGACCUUGGAGAAGAGAGGGCUGCUGACUACAGUGGAGCCAGAAAGAGCCUUCAUGGAGAGCAUGGUUUCCCAAACCAGGGACUGAACCUAGGGUAAGGGUAGGGGAGGUCUGCAGACUUCUUAGCAGGUGAAAUCCAGCCUUUUUUCCUUUCCAUGGUAACCAUAACCAUUUUCAGCCUGUAGAUUUACACUUCCAGCUCCCACUAGCAUCUCUAGUUAUACUGCCCCUUGACAGGGUGCUAGUCAGCAUCAGGAAUUGGAGUUCAUGGGCUUCGGCAGUAGUAGGACUCUGGCUGGCACUGCCAAACUGCCUUAGUGAAUGUGGCCCUUCCCAGGCACAUGGGUGGGGCAUUGAGGGAAAGUGGCCCUGCCUUUCCUGGCAGGGUCUGGCCAGCCUCAUGGGGGCAUCACCAGAUUGGUGACAGGAGUUGGUGUCAUUUAUUAAAUUCCACCCUUUUAGAAGGAGAUCAUGGUACAAAGUCUAGGAGGGGCCUUACGGUGUGAAGACCCCUCUGGGUAGAAGUAAGGGACUUCUCUUCACCAUCUCUGGGAGAGUCAGUAAACUGGAGAGUUUUACCUUCAGGGUCAAGGCAGUGGACUGAUGGGGAUAAUGGAGGGUGGGUGGGUUUUCCUGAAUGUGUCCAGAAGGACGAGUUUGCAGAACCUCAUAUUGGUAUAGUAAAGAAAUAAUAAAAUAAAAAAGCACUUUAGGUUAUUUUAUCUUUAACCCAAUUGCUGCAAUUUCUUUUGUGUAUGUGUGUGUGUGUACAUGUACACACACACACACACACACACACACACAUACACACAUAUAUAUACUUUCC